UAUACCAUCAAUCUAAAGGCCAGGAGGUCAGUUUAAGUGUAGUUGUUUGGGAGAGUAGAGAGAAAAAAUAAUCUGAUUGUUUCUGGGGAAAUUAAGUUUAUAAUGGAGGGCAAAAAUAAUAUGUAUGAGGGAGUAGAAGUAGGGAGAGAAGUUAAGGUGGCUAACAAGAGAGGAGCAGGAGGUUGUGAAGGGCUUCUUAGGGUUUUGGGGUUUGUGUUUUGCUUAUCGGCUGCUGUUAUUCUUGGAGUUGAUAAACAAACCAAGAUUGUUUCUUUACAGCUUGUUCCAACUCUCCCACCCAUCAAUGUUCCUGCUCAUGCCAAGUGGUAUUAUUUGUCUGCUUUUAAGUACUUUGUGGUGGCACAUGCCAUAGCAUGUUCAUACGCAGUACUUUCUCUACUUCUUUCUUUGGGUAACCGCGGCGGAAAGAGGGGCAACAUCAGCCUCGGCAUUGCGAUGGCCGACAUAGUGAUGGUUGCGUUGCUUUUCUCAAGCAACGGGGCGGCCGUGAGCAUCGGGCUGAUGGGUUACCAAGGGAACUCACAUGUGCAAUGGAAGAAGGUUUGUAAUGUAUUUGGCAAGUUUUGUCACCAAGCAGCGGCUGCUUUUGUGGUGUCUGCACUUGGAGCUAUUGCCUUCCUAUUGCUUAUUGUUUUUGCCCUCAAACGUCUCCACAAAAAAUUAUAAUGAUCCAAUUUAUAUAGUUUUUUUUGGCUUCAUAAAUAAUUGUGGUUAAUUAAUUAGGUUUUUUUUUUAUUUUGUUAUUUUUUUUUUUUUGCCACUUUGUAGAAAUUAAAUGUUGGGUUAUCAAUUAAUGUUGUGGUUAUGGGGUUUGUAUCAACUCUAAAUAAUUAAGAGCGUUUUUUUAAAAAAAGAAAAGAAA